AUGACGGCCGCUCCAGAUCCAGAAGAAAUCCUUCGUUCGACGAGUGGAAAAGAAAAUUUCCAGCGCAUUACACGACUUUUAAUAAGUGGGGGGACCAGCCUACUGAGGGAGAUUUUUGACUCAAUAUGUCCUCCAAGUAAUCUUCCUACAAUUCUCAGCAAUCCAGUAACAAAGAACCAACUAAAAGCUGCAAAACUCACCAUGCCACAGUGGCACUGUCUUUGUCCUUCCCCAGGGGUGUACGGCAAGUCAGCAGAUUUUGAUGUCACCCUGCUAUUCCGUUUGCUGAGGACAAUAUGCAACCUGACCCCUCCCUCCACAGGAUGGGAUGCACUACCACUAAGUGCAGAUCACAGUUUAACAGCUGAUAUAGCAAGAAUAAAGUUUUACCGAAACUCUGUGUAUGGUCACGUGAACCAAGGCAUGGCAAUCAGAGAUAAUGAGUUUAAAACACUUUGGCAAGAAAUCAGCGAAGCUCUCGUGAGGAUUGCUGGGCAGAUCAGUUCUACAAGGAAAACGGCAUGGAAAGGAGCCAUUGCUAAAUAUUUGACAGAUCCUCUUACAACUGAAGAUGAACGAAAUGUGCAAGAACUUGAGGCAUGGUAUAAAAAUGAUAUGGAGAUCAAGAAAUCCAUAGAUGAAGUCAGUGAACGGAUAAGUCGUUUGGAGGUAGGGUUAAAAGUAAACAAAAAAAGACCGACAAAACAAAAGCCAAACACAAAUUGACAUUUCCGUUGUAGAGAGAACUUUAAAGUUUUCAGAUUCAAUAGAUUUAUGCUUUAUGAAAGCCAAGGAGUUUCUGGGUUAUUUUAAGUUUACUGAUCUAGUACAAUAUAAAGCAACUUCUUUUUUGUCCCAGAUAUGGUGACUUAUGACACUUUGAAUUUUACACUCAGACAGUAGUUCAUGAAGGAACAGAUUUGAUGGAGACAACAGUUUGUCAGGAAGCAAAAGAAAUUAAAGAUCAUCUGGAAGAGAUGAAUCAGUCGAUAAACACACUCGCCUCUUCAAGUGCUGCAAAACAGUCAUCUAGGGGUGAGUUUCUUAAAAAUUACUCCUUUGCUUAGUGAACCAAGAGUUACCCAAUUGUUGUCACCUCUAUUAAGUGGCCACCAUGCGCUUGAUACACUUACUUUUUGGCUUUGUGUUAAGAAUGAAAGUACAAUCCGAGGUAGAGGGUGAUGACUGAUUGUGGGCCCAUCACAAGCUUGUUUCAAAAUAAAGUAAUGUUUCUUCUAAAGUUUAUUUUUUGUCGAACUUCUAUUGAGCAGCCAAACUUUAAUUUUCGGCCACAUGGCGGUACCCCCGAGGAUGGCCGCUUAAUAGAAGUUCAACCGUAAUUCCAAAGGCCUCUUUUUUGUUUUACAGUGGUGCUGUUAUUUUGCCUUUCCAAAAAUGAAAGGAAAGAACGCACUUGUUCAGAGCGUAGCGACUUUAUAAUCUUGUCGCGCGCGAAGCGCGCGCACAGUCUGCUAACCGCGCCUCGAAUUUCGCAGCUGGCUAAGAAGCCAGCUGCGAAAUUCGAGGCUUUUGGUGUCCGCCAAUGACGUCAUGAAGCAUUUUUCGUUUCCAGGCAACAUAGACUUUGCCGCCGAUGACCAAGGCGCAUUUUCAUUCUGCCAGUUUUCCUUUUUGUUAGUUCAAUAACCACACAGCAGUUCAAUAAGUACACAACAGAUCAAUAACCACACCAGUGGUUCAAUGACCACACAUUUAAUAGUUCAUUGAGCGUAAACUACAUAUAGCUGCGGGAAAGGUAGCCACAAUUACGUUAGUUAUUUUUAAUAAGAAAGUAUAGCAUUAAUUAAGAGGUAAAUACUCAUUUAGCUAUGGUACAAGAACUAAAUUGAUAAAUAGCUAUCAUUGUUACACUGUUAUUAAGUUCUAGUGAGCUCACUAAUAUAAACGGGAACAUAGACUGAUGUUAAUUUAAAAAUUUUAGUCUGCUCAGAAGGUCUGUCAUUCUCAUCAGGGGCACAGUGAACAGAAUGAUACCAUUGUAUACAAGACCUUUCAGUAAUGUAUUUCAACACAGUGCUCUGCAAAGUUCGGCCAAAUAUCCCACAUUCAGGAUCGCUCGAUUGUAGCUCCUUCGGAUCGCUCAUUCUUUUGAACCAACUGAAUCUGCAUAUGGUCAGCGGAAGGCGCUAGAGCAUGCUCGCAGUGGAAUUUUUUUAACCAAUCAGCGGUUUUUCUCCCCUGCCCGUAUUAGUCAUUGUUCUCUGCGACCAAUCAGGAGAGACCUAACGAGCAGCUCCCACACUACUCCAUGAAAAGCUGUUAUGUUUUUUGUGAAACAAUGUUUACCAUCGGUGAAUCACGAACAAUUUCCCAUGCAAAUGACAGCACAGCAAGUAGUAUGGGGUGUAAAUCCUUGCGGAGGAAGAUUUUCAUUGAAACUCCUCUGGGGAACGCCGAUUAAAAUUCAUCGGCGAGCGGAUCGAAGAAGACAGCCGCGAAGCAAUGAGACCAUCGCUCAGCACAGCGAAGGGGACGUCGUAAACGAAGCGAUCACAAACGUGUACAGAGGUAGCGACAAAAUACUACAAUUACACUGUAAACGAAACCGAUGAAGAGAGGGAACACCGACUGCCAACGCUUCCAAAAGCGACGAGACUGGAUCAGGCAACGCUUAAAGUCUACAGUCAAAAUUAUCUUCUUCGAUGCAGCGAUAGGCAGCAAGAAUUAUGCAUGUCAAUAAUAUCUUUUCAACGGACUCGGGACAGCCGAUCAGCCUUUCCACCAUGACCAACAGUGGGUUUUACAGUUAGCUUUAUUACAGUUAACUCUUUCAAAGAAGCCUCAGGGAGGUGACAUAUUCCUGUAUCUUCACCGGAGUUAAACAUGUUCCAUUGGCAGAAUAUUGUAUCAAGAAAUCAAACGGCAAGCAGAUAUAGGGUUUCCUACGAGAUUAAUGCAUUCUGUACUUUACAUUCACGAUAAAUUCAUGUAUUACUUUGGUGGACAGGAUGGCUGUGAUGGGAGUUUGGGCAUUUAUUUUCGUGUACCAGACACAGAUGACAUAAAACAAAAGAACAAAAAAUCAUGAAAACAUACCAAGCAAAUUUUCCCUGAACAGAAAACAAAGAAGUCUUUUGUUUUACAUCAUCUGUGUCCAGUACACGAAGUUUUGACUGGAAUUUGCAAUCAUUAAUAUCUGGACAAAUUCAUUUGGUCAGGGAAAGUGUACAUUUGACUGUCAGUCUGGGAAUUUAAAAAACUAUGCCUCUGACAACCAUGUCUCAACAAGCUCAUCAUAUUGAGAAUUGAAAUACUGAUCACUUUCAACGUUACUUGUAUGUGGACAUUUCAUGCAAAUUCACUCUUGCAUGAGUAUUUGUUUCUCAUGCAUGUACACAAAUAACUAUAAACACUUUCAUAAAUGAUUUGGUAUUUUUUACAGUGAUAAUUGAGUGCUAAUGAGGGUACCGCAUAUUCAGUAAUCAUGAGUCAUGAUCACUUUCAUAGUUCUACUCAACUGCGUCCUUAAUGACAUAGCCUGGGACCAGGCUCUGCAGUGGGGAAAAAGGAAAAAACGGGGUCAAAUAGGAAAAAUAUCACCUUGCUAAAUGUAAUUUCUAUUUUAGUGUAAGUGAUUAAGUUUACACCUUACUGUUACAAAAAAUUAGUUGUCAAGUGUGAUUAUGUACUACAACAGGAGCAAACACUCUCUUGCUGUAAUUCACUUAACAAUAGAGUGGUUUUCGUUUGAGUGUCGUAAAACCAAAACCAAAGUAAUUACUCUGGCCAAUCACAUAGGACACAGACAAUACAUUGAACCAAUCAAAACUCGAAGUAAUUACAUGUGGCUGACGCAAAGCGCGGGAAAAUGCAUGCGAGCGCGUCACAAUUGGCUUUGGUUUCACUUCUGAUUGGAUGAAAAGGUGGCGCGAGUCUUUUAAGCCAAUCGCGUCGUGUAGAAAGUGCAAAACCAAUUACUUUUCGACACUCAAAUGAAAACCGCUCUAAUUAUUUUUUUACCAACAUUUACUUGUUAUUUAUCUCCUACCAAUUCAUCCACUCACUACUAAUGACACACUUCACGAGUAAUUAUUAUUACACGUUACAGAUAGCAUGUGUUAGCUGCAUAUUCGCCUGCAGUUAUUCACUAUCACACCCAUUUUCUUUUAAUAUAAUUACACAUGCAGGAGGGUCAAAUGGGGUGAACACGGAACCUAUGAAACAUUGGCUACCCUUCCUUAACAACACCAACCCCAUUUAAAUCCCAGAAAAUCCUUUUUCUGAUAAGAGCACUGGGUUGAAAUUUACUCCAACCAAAAGGCGAUUAACUACAUCUCACAUUCCAAUAUUAGAACCAGUGUGGAAACUCGCUCUCCCAAGCUACAAAAUUUAGUCCAAUUCUCUCCCCCUUCCAUCCCUGACAUUUUAUGGGCCUCCCGCCCGAGCUUCGCGAGGUUCUGCGACACACGUAUUUCUAGUUACUUGUUAUUUGGUAGUUAUGCGCGUUCGCAAUUCGGUGGGCCAGUUGACGUUAGGAGACCUAUAUACAUACUAAGCAACGUCUACCUUGGCUCCACGUCUCCUUUUUCAACCAUUUCAACCAACCUUUAACAAUUUAACAACAUUGCGGCACUCACACGUGCCAGACACAGUUGACGUUAGGAGACCUAUAUACAUACUAAGCAACGUCUACCUUGGCUCCACGUCUCCUUUUUCAACCAUUUCAACCAACCUUUAACAAUUUAACAACAUUGCGGCACUCACACGUGCCAGACACAAAAAAUCCUCACACACGCAUGAUACAACGACGUCCAAGUCUACACUUCGAGAGCGUCUUGUUUCUAUCUUAGGCGGAAGGAGUCAUCCUGGCCGAGCAGUUAGAACGCUGGAUUUGCAAUCCGGAGGCCUCGAGUUCAAGUCCCGCCCUGACCGCUGGCCUCUCGAACCUUUUUUUCGGGGGCUCCGAUUAAGAUUGAUAAGCAAGCCAUCAGUUAUUAGUAAAUCGGUGUUUUAAAGCAAAAAUUAUUGUUUAUUGUUUUCGGUCGGCUGGUGCUUUUUCACGGCUUGCACGAUAGCUUAUGUCAGGGCGUAAGGAGCUAGGGCGUUAAAACGAGCGGGGUCGAACGAUCUAGCUGUGAUGCAAAGGUCUGGGUACUACCAAAGAGACAAAACAAGAUGGCGGACAUUAUACUGGACCGUCAGAGAGAUUAUCCAGCGACCGUUAGCCAUUUUCCCGUGGCAUUCAUUUGCUGCAAACAAUAGCGAAGGAACAAAUUAUUUUUUCUCACGUUCGUUUUCUGUUGUGUUUAAUUUUCUUCCCCUGCGAACAAAUAUCUGUAUUGAAUAUAAUUUUCAUCUCCGUGACUUCUAAAUUUCUUGACUUGGUAAGAAAUUGGCAUCACAACCCAGAUGAUAGCACUAACAUUAUUUUAAGACUACUAUCAUCGGUUCUCCUCUUCAGUUUAAUAUCAAGUUGUGUAAUUCAUGAUCAGCUAUGGCAGUUAUUUUUUGCUGGCCAGUUUCAAGGCCAGAUGAUCUGUUUUCACUAUUAAAGUCUGCAUUUGUUGAUGUACAAGUUGGAACAGCAAGUGGUAACGUUGCGAGUAUGCGCGAGCCGCUGGACGGAGGUUUGUGGUGGUAUUGGAUCGCAGCGAAUGCAGCAAAGAAAAAUGGCGCCUCUUUUAAAAAUUACGAUCGUCUUAGUCAUCUGUUUUAUCUUUGUGGAGUGCAGAUAAGACAAAAUCUUCUUUGUAAUAUGCGAGAUUGGUCUCAAGGCUAAUAAGUCGCAGAUCAUUCACAAUUUUGCGCGGUUUGUGGUCGAUGAAUGAUUAUUGUUUCGUGUUUUGGCUUGCGCGCGGACACGUCGAUGGGGUUCUGUGUAACAGCUGCAAAACUCCUCUAUUAAACACUGGAUAACUGGGAAAAAAUCUCUUCAUGUAAGUUGUGACCGAGUACAAAAAACGUCCGACGCGAUUUGAAUAAAACGCUGUGAAAAAAAAUUCUAAAUGCUAGUCUGUUUAUAUAGUCAUAACUGCGGUUAUUGCGACAAUCCCCUUACAAGAAUACGAUUUCACUUCAGUUAUGGUUCAGGAACGCUCUGUUUUUCAGAGAUGUGCAACCUUAGUGCAGUGAUUCUGCCAGUGAUUACUUUUCAGAGAUAUCCCAUCCUAACCACCAGUGGCCAAAGCAGGUGCAGUGCCCUAAUUCUGCGACUGAUAAAAAUUUCAAAGAUAUCCCACCCAGGGCUAGGAAAUUGUAUGUUUCCUUUUUUGACUAGAUGAUAUAAAACUGAAGACCCAAACUCAAGAAAUGACAUCUAUUUUAAUUUUUCAUAUGUGUCUUUUCAUAUUUUACAUCGAUUUCAGUUAUGUUUCAAGACAUUAUUUAAACAUUUUAAGCAAAACAUUACAAUUCUUUUAGGCGCCAAUUUUGUAUGUAUAAACAAAUCAUCAUGGAAUAAUUACCAGAAUAAAAUCAUCUUCCAAAUGGUGAGGGUUCUUGUCAGUGAAUCUGAGAGCUUACAGUGCAUGAUUAUUAAAACGCAAAUUCAUCAGUGUUGCCCCCCUUGGAUGCAAAAUCAAACAUUCAAGAAUGAAAGAGUGUUCCGAAACAAUGCUCUUACAAAUAAGUUUUGUUGGGAUAUACUUUUACAUGUUAACGAAAAAUCUAAAAACAAAGUUGAAAAGGACAAGAAAAAUUUGUCCAUCUUUAACGAAGUUUUAGCAAAUAAUAUUUCACAAUCCACCACCUCGAUCUCUUAAUCUCUGAGAAUAAGUAAUCGCCAUAGAGCACCAAUGUAAACCAGAAAAGCAAAUUUUCGAAAAUGGAAGGAAACAUCCGACUAUGGCCUUACUUGUAAGAGUAGGAAAUUUGCUUGUUGAUUUCAUGCCGCUAAAUAGUAUCAAAAUACUCGAACUUCCCCCCUUUGAAUUAACCAUUAAAAGUGAAAAUACGGAGUGACCGAAAGAGAAGUUUAACCUGUUUAGUCGCUUGUGUGGGAUAUAUAACUGGAUCUCGCUGUACGGUCAAGGUCAAAUACUACAAAAAUACCAGGGUCACAUAAAUUACGUUGAAUUCACGCUGCUAUAAUUUUAACACAUAACAUUCGAUGAUGCUGCUCCACAUUUGACAAGGUAAAUCAAGGGGUAUAUCUUACCUAAAUGUUAGGCAGCUCUGCAGAUCGUGGACGAUAACCCAGAAAUCCGUGACCGCUUGAAUGUCAACAAAUCAACAUAUCACAACAAACGAUCUCGUGAACGCUUUAUCUGCUUCAUCAGAGGAGCCAAAUGGACGAAAAUUAACCACCUAAAUGGUCCUUCUCCCAUACAUGACACUUCAACAUGGCUUAGCCAAAGUAUCCAGUCUAUAAGCCGGGUCUAUAAGACAUGUCUGUUGUCGAUUGGGUAUGCAAAAAAAUCUCCCUUGAAAGUGCUUCAGAACGGCUUUCGGCCAUUACGAUUUCCCGUCAACAAGAGCUUCCCAGCAAGCUUGACGCAUGCGCAAACGUUACCACUUGCUGUUACAAGUUGGUAUUCUUCU